CGUCUAUCCGACUCCUCCAAUUCAUUGCCGCCCUAUCGAUCGCUGGGUCCCGUGUGAUAUCCCGUUUCUCUUGGUUUUCUGCUGCUGCUCUCGAGCGGACUCUGCUGUCUCGUCGCCCGGCCUUUUGUCGUCGGAGAAGGAAAAGCCUAAACUUAAAACCCAAACGUCCAAGAGCAGAAAAAAAAAAGUCGCCAAUUGCCCAAACACGCCCCCGUCACCCUCGUUCCUGCAUUUCGUCAUCAUCCCGGAGCGCUCUGCGCAUCCUGUUCAGGUCCCACUCCACCACCACGCCGUCAACAACCUCGACUGUCGCUCUGUCCUUCUCGCUCUCCAUCUCCGUCGCCUCCUCCCUCCCUCCCUCCACUCUGUUCGUCCUCAACAUCAUCUGUCAACGCUACGCACCCAGAGCCUAGCGCGACCGCGCACGCUCCAAUCGCUACUGUCUUUUGCCUGUAUAGCUCUGCCACGAAACACGCCUUUUGAAAAUCGCUUCGAUACUUUCCAAUUGCCAGAUGCUGCGUGUCCCCCCGUAGUUUCAUCGUAUACCAUUCGUUGUUCCGCUCUUGGUCUCCGCUUCCGUGGUCUCCGUCCACACACCCACAGACACACACACACAUACAAGCAUGCCUUCGCUCUCGAAAGCAUGGCGUCGCAUCUCGCACUCACAGCCUAGUCCAAGAACAAAGGCGGGCUCGGAAGAGAGUUCGAAUGCGUCCAUUCGCUCCAAGCACGCCAACAAGUCCACCAACACGCUCGACACCGCCUCCGCGGACAGCAACAGCACCACCCCUCCCACUUCCGUGAGCAACCCGGACCUGUCCGCUGGAGCUUCUGAGGCUACCCUCACUCCAAGGAGACCUCCCAUGACGGCCAAUGGCACCAAUCGAUACAGUGUUUUGUCGUCGAACGGUUUUCCCCAAGCGCGAGUCUCGCCGCUCGCUCCAAUCAUCACAUCUAUAUCAGAUGGCUCUGCUACACAUCAAAAGGUGUUGCUCGUCAGAGGCCAGAUCGGGAGCUUAGAAGCAUUGGGAGACUUGCACCUGAGCUCCAGUCAUCCUCACAGGACGUACAAUGGGCUUGUCCACAUCUUUUCGCACCAGGGGAGCUUCCCCGUAUACAGCGUUCCCGUUGUCGAGUCGCGCUUCAAAGCCCUGAUCCAUCUGCAAGCCGGUCGGAACACGCUGAGGUUCGAGUUUGAGAAGGCUCGCUCCUCCCACGGCGUGCUGCCGGGCGAGCACGUCAGCUGGCUCAACCUCAACUACAUUCCUCUCAACGCUUCGCCACCUCUCCAUCUAGCCAUUCUCGUGGCUGCCGACUCGGAGGAGAAGUUCGACGCUCCGCCGCACCGCGUUGCGGCCGAGGGCAACGAUCUCGAGGUUGCCAAGCGCAAAUACCGCAUGGCAGCGUACCUUUGGCAGGCAUACACGGCCGAUCAGAUGCAGCGGAACGGCUUCUUGAGCCGCUGCUUCCGUCUUGAGGAGGAAUGGCAGCCCUCUACGCUUGGCGGCUUCGAGGAUCCGCAACCCUGGCGGAGCGAGGCUAGGAUCCACGUGAUCCGCCUCAAGCAGACGGUCGCCGAGCUCAGAAACCCAGAGUAUGCGCAGCAAAACCCAAAUGCGAAGGAGAGCGGAAAGCUCUUUGAGAUCGCUAUGCAGGCUUGCAAGGAGCACUUCAAGUGCGUUCCCAACGGCCAGAAGCAGUACGUCUCGGCCAUGUUCUUGGACUCACACUGGGAUCCGAACCUCAACCUUUUGACCGGCCAUGCCGCGCUGGGCGGAGGCGACGGCGAAUCGUUGCAGCUGGCCAUCUUUGGCUCCCACCUUCUGUACAGCUACCCGAUGUGCAUUCAGCACGUCAUCCCGGCCUUCAACGACUGCACCCCCACAGACACCAGAUACGUGUGCAACGACUGUGGAGACUGCGGCAGCUCGUGGGAGGCGGCGAACGUCGGAAUCGGUGCUCACAUGCACGAGGUUGGCCAUCUGUUCGGUUUGCCGCACCGACCCUCUGGGGUGAUGAUGCGUGACUACGUCAAGCUGAACAGAACAUUUACCGUGGGUGAGCCGUUCUCGACCCGGACGAGAUCGCCAGGGAAGAAGUUCCUGCCAAGGGAGGAAGAAUGCGCGUGGAGCCGCCUGGACUGCCUGCGUUUCAGAUAUCAUCCUUGCUUCAGGCACACCACCGACCGCUACACGCCGGUAGAAGGUGGUAUCCAGGUUUGGGGUAUUGCUGACGAAGUAACGGCCACUUCCGACGCCGGCAUCGCCUGGGUUGAGAUAUAUGCAGACGACGACGAAAUGUGCUACGCUUGGAAGGAAUAUCUACCACGGCGGCCCAUGCAAGGAAGCGAGUCCCCUCGCUCGGACCAGUGCCCACGUACUGUGCGCCUUGUGGAGGCUGAAUUACGUGAGCACCUAAAGCAGCAGCUUCCUGCCAACAAGAAGAAGUUUAGCAAGAUCCGGCUGCAGAUAUGCUCAACUACCAACGUCCAACUAACGAUCGACGACCUGGGCAAGCUCACGGACAAGUCCUCGCUCGUGAAGAUCCCCAACGGACAGAAGGCGUACCGCAGCGGAAAAUUAGGCCUUGGUGCCAUGGAGGGCAGCAAACCUCAAGAACUGGUGCUCGAGAGCGCGUAUCUAAAAGUCAAAGAGAAGGACAUCCUAGGUAACGAGGUGGUCAAGGCGAAGGUCGUCCGCUCAGUCAGGGUCUACCAUGGGCUCGCACUGGACGGCAUCGAGUUCUGCCACGAGGACGGCACCAGUCAGCUCUUUGGAUCACGAGGCGGGAAGCCGGGAGGUGACGAAUUCGUUCUUGACACUCGCAUCGGAGAGACGAUCGCCGGGUUCUACGUUAGGGCUGGGGCUUGGAUCGAUGCAAUCCAGAUUAUAACGACAAUGACGGGCCGCAAGAGCCCCAUCUACGGGAACCCGACUGGUGGCUCCGGACACACUCUCAUCCCACCAAAUGGCUACCGCGUCAUGGGCAUCGCCGGCUCGUGUGGCCAAUGGGUCGACAGCUUUCAGCUCAUCAUUGGACGCUAGAGCAGCAUCUAUCCCAGCAUACAUUUGCCCGACAUUCGCUUCAUGAUAAGCUCGUAGAACAAUAAGCACUUUGCCAAAUGGAGUCGUCAACGCCUCUCCUUGACAUGUGCAGAAUCGCAACGACGGAUUUCAACGGACCCAACAGGAAUCCGUGGCGCGGUCUUAUCCCUGAUAUUCAAUAUACCCAGUCUUCCUAGCAUAAUGCCUUUAAAUUUUAAUUCGAUCGAACUAGAGCAAUACAUUGAGCUAGGAUCCGCAGCGUAAAGAACGGAGUGAGUCGCGGAUCUACAGCAUGACACACCAGCUUGGGGCGCUCAUAUCUCCGCCACUUUACUUCACAUUCACAUACCACCAACCCUGACACAACCUGUACAUAGAUUCGUCACUUGCUUAUAGAUUCGCUUUAGCGCUCAUGGGAGCGGCGUGUUUUAUCCUUUCACGAUGCAUCGGCAGAGAACUCUCUUUGUUGUCCUUUCAAAGUCGCUACAGUCUGCCUUCGCGGCUAGCAGUGUACGGAAUACACAUCUGGGCAAUUUGCAAGAGAAAGGAACGAAGUCUAGGAGCAUCGUGGUACACACAUAUACACACAUAUUUUUUAACAUACAUGUAUGCAUGUGAGCUCUUUGAAUGAAGGCUCCGAACGGCAUUGCUUCGAUUGGCACGGUCGAGACGCGAUUCUACAAAAGGAUUUAAAACCCUUGAAUCCCGCUUGCUUGAGCAGCAUGCGAAGAGAAGGAAAGGGGCUACGGAAUCGUACGGCUCUCCGAAAAAAUUUAAUCUAAUGUGUAGACCGAAUUCUUCCUUGGGGGAGGGGCAACAACAGAAGACGUGAAUUUUACG